AUGGAGCAUCAGGGGCAACAAGAUGUCAAAAUCAUCAAGUCUUUGAUGACAAAAUUGCCAAAGCAUUUGAAAGUAAAUCAGCAGGCUGCCCAAGGAGUAGGAAAUGUGGAUUCGAAAGCUAUGGUUUCUUGUUCCAUUUUUCUCUAUAUGCGCAAUGUGCGUUUGCGCGCGCCUACACAUCAGUCGCAUCCGAAGCCAUCUCCGUCCCCGCAUGAAACUUGCUUACCACAGGUUAAAAGGAGAACUGCUAAUCAAAAUUAUUUUUAUGGCUCCUAUGUCAUGCAAUAUGGUGAAUUGAAGCUAAGUGUGGAGAAUCUUUUCCUGUACAUGGGUACAAAUCCUGCUAAUGAUAACUAG